GUAUGAUAACCUCUGUGCACUGAUUGCACGAUGGCUACGAGGAAACGAAGAGGCAUGCACACAUCGCCAGGUAGCUCCACAAUGUUCGGCUCGUCACCAAGUAAUUUAAGGUCGAGUCGUUUAAAUUUUCGUCCGAAUUCGGCUCAAGAAGACAGAGGUGGAACUCGGCCGACGGCUGCCCCAAGUUCUAUAGGUCUUAUACUUGUAACGAUGUUUCUACACGUUUGCAAAAAGUCUCUGCUAUUCGAUACAAGGCUCAAGGUAGCUAUAUAUUGCGGCGCGAUAUUCGUAGUAUCAUUAGUAGCAGAUUUUAUCACCAUGCCAAGAACAUAUUUCUCGCGUCCAGAUAAUGCUCUCAACCAGUAUUUUGUAAAGUGGGGAUGGGGAUGGUUACUGACCGUAACUGUUCCAUGGGUUGCAUUGACCGCGCACACACUUGGAUGUGGUCGUAGAUCAGUUUUACUUAAACACCUUGCCAGAUUGGGUUUAGCCACAACUGCAUGGUUAUUAUGGAUCAAAUUGUUUAAUUAUAUCGAAACAAAUUAUGGCCGAUGCCUUAGCACAAAGGAUAUACAAUUACAGACAAAAACAAAAUGUCUCCAAUCUGGUAAAUUUUGGAGUGGUUUUGAUAUAUCCGGGCAUACAUUUAUUCUUAUAUAUUCAAGCUUGAUUUUAGCCGAGGAAGGCUCUUCGUUAGUCGGCUGGGAGGGUAUAAAGGAUUUAAUUAUGCGCGAAGAACAUUCGCGAGUUACACCAAAUGAGCCCAAUAUCGGACCACUUCGAAAUCUUUCUGAUUCCGAUUUGGAAUUUUUAAAGAAAGCACAUAAAGCGCUUACCCCUUAUUUGAGAGGUCUCUUCGUUGCAAUGACACUGCAACAAUUACUUUGGGAUACUAUGUUGAUAUCUACAAUGCUCUAUUAUCAUAUUAUGAUAGAAAAAUUUCUUGGAGGUGUAGCCGCUAUUUUAACAUGGUAUGUUACCUAUCAAUGGUGGUUUAAGUCUCCAAAAAACUCAUUGCCCGCGCCCGGUGAUGGUUUAUUUAAGUACAAUGAAACAAAAACCCAUGACAAUUGUUCGAUCAGAUCGAGACGUAGUACGCUGAAUGGUACCAAUAGAUUUAUGGGAUUUCCUAUCCGCCCAAGUCAGGAUAAUAUCGACACAAUUGGUACUAAUAGGCAAUCAGAUUCGGAGAUAUCUGCUUCCAGGACAUAAAAAUGAUCAAAUAAUUCUCUAGCUUUCACAUUUAUCAAUAGAAUUGGACAUUUCUGAUACGUUUAUAUCACCUUUUUACAUAUAUGUAGAUUGAAUGUAAAAAUGUAGUAUCCUGAGAUGCUUACAUUUAUUUAACAUAUUUCUAUAAUAGUUUUACCUCUUUUAAUUUGUGCAGAUAUUUAAUAGUUGUAGAGUUUAAAUUUAUCUGAUGGAAGAAAAUGCUAGUAAAAUGAUAUUCUCCGAGUCUUGUAUAUAUAGCAUUUUAAUGUACAUACUUUGAACUUUGGAUAAAUUGUAUUUAUUACUGGUGUGGUUUUGUCAAAUUAAAGCUGCUAUUUUCUUUUUAAAAUAGAAACCAGUUAUGUAAGUAUUGUGAUUUAUUGUAAUUUACUAAUUUAUAUAUGAAAUAUUAAAUAAAAUAAUUUUUUUACCUCCUCA